AGGAAUCAGUUGGCUUGUCAAUGCUGGCACGAAUCAGGCCACAAUUCAGUUUCAGUCGCCCAAGCCCUCGCAUCUGAAGCCUGGCUUGCGUGCCGGAAAAAUGGAGUUUGCAACGCAGUUCAACCCGUUCGCAAUGACGUCACUAGGACUCCUAGACAAUCUAUGUCAAUCCUUAUCGCAGGCCCCAUGCGGCGCCUCACCAAUGACUACGGGUCGGUACUUUGUGCUCACAAACUUGGAUGAACUUCCUCGUGUGGUAGCGCAAACGGGAAGGAAGCCAGAAUUCUGUAUCCUCUCGUUCAGCUUGGAUCAGCCUGCAGCACCUCAGCCAAGCUUCGAUGUAAUGACUGCGCUCGAGUCCCUUUUAGUGCAGAUGAGAUCUGACGUUCGGUGGAGCGCACCCGUUGGGACGACUGGUCAAGCAUACACCGACGGGAAACCGGAUGCACGUUCCACAACGGAUUCGACAAGUAAAAGUCAAUCAAGCGGCGUGAAUGAAACACCCUCGUCAAAAAUAGAGAAGAUUACCGAUGCUUCAGCCCAGGCGGACGCGGCGCGCGCAGACCAUGAGAGGAUGGAACGUGUAAAGCCAUUCCGGUGCUCGUUUGAUGGAUGCACGAAGGCGUAUUACUCUCAUGGCCACCUCGUAGAACACUCUCGUAUUCACACAGGUGUGAAAGCUUUGGUUUGUCCGUUUCCCGACUGUGGAGCUCGUUUCAUGCGAUCCGACCAGCUCAGCCGACAUCGGUUAAAGCACACGGGGGAACGGAAGUUCGCAUGCCCCCACUGCGAUAGACGCUUCAUGAGAAACGACCAUUUAAAGAAGCACAUGCUAACAGCAUAUCGUUCGAAAACAUCCCAAUGAUAUUUUCCCCACGGAGAGCGAUGUGUACAGUUUCUUAUUUUGUUCGAAAGAAGUAAAGAUCGAUUGCAGUCAA